CGUAGCCUGGAGCGGAAGUGGGCGGGGAGAAGCGAGGCACCGCCCCUCGGCGCCGCGCCGCCAUGCAGGAGGGCGUGCGGCUGCGCGCGGGCGCCUCCAAGGGGGACAUCCGGGAGAAGGUGUGGGACUACCUGGAGGCCUGCGGCCUGGCCGAGUUCCCCCGGCCCGUGCACCACCGCAUCCCUAACUUCAAGGGGUCUCAUCAGGCUUGCUGCUCUAUUAAAGAGCUUGAUGUGUUCAACAGAGCAAGUGAGAUCAAAGUGGAUCCAGACAAACCUCUGGAAGGUGUUCGGCUAGCUACGCUGCAGGCAAGGAAGACUCUGUUGGUUCCAACACCGCGUCUGAGGAGUGGGCUGUUCAACAGGAUUGUUCCACCUCCAGGUGCAACUAAGGAGACACUGCGGAUAUGUGCUACAUCUCAAGGCAUAAAAGAGUACAGUGUGCCUGUAGGUCUCGAUGGGAAAGCACGAGUGGACUUGGUCGUUGUAGGAUCAGUGGCUGUCUCUGAAAAAGGCUGGAGGAUUGGAAAAGGAGAAGGUUAUGCAGACAUGGAGUAUGCAAUGAUGGUGUCAAUGGGAGCAGUGACAGAGGAUACACCUGUAAUUACUAUUGUGCAUGACUGCCAGGUAGUUGACAUAGCAGAAGAGCUCCUUGGUGAUCACGAUUUAACGGUUGAUUAUAUACUCACGCCAACAAGAACUAUCAAGACUAAUUGCAAACGACCAAAACCACGUGGAAUAAUAUGGCAUAAGGUCAGCUAUGAGAUGCUGGGGAAAAUCCCCAUCCUUAAGAGUCUUCGGUACGAAGAGAAACAGGCGGGCAAGGAUGUUACCCUCCAAGAUGAACAGCCAGACUUUGCAAAUGCCAGCAAGUCAGCAGCAUUAAAUGAGAAGGCAGUGGCUGGAAAUACAAGACCGCAGGCUUCAACGGGCUCAGCUGAAAUAGGACAACAGCUGACCAAAUUCCUGCUUGAGGAGACAGCAGAUUUUGAAGAAAGAGUGAAUGGGGCAGUUUGCAUCUUUUGGGUCUAUUGUUUCAGGCUCUCUGCACGCUCAGGAAGACAUCAGUUGUACAUGAGUCACUUCUGACUCUUCUCUCAAUCUACAUAACUCUGAAAUGUAAUACUUUUCAGUGAAUCCUUAGACUCUGAUCUCAUAAUGAAACUCGAGGAACUGAAGCCUGCUCAUUUUUUUUUUACUUUGGCCCAGAUCAAGGCUAUGCAAGAUAUUUUACUAACGAUCAAGCCACGAAGCCCAUGCCCUAAGGGAUUUACUGUCUGAAUUAACAAGCUUUAAAAAUGAGAACCUUUACUAAAGUAAUAAUUCUUCGUUUUCUGGUAGCUGUAAUUGUGGCCCUGCUGUUAGCACCUAGGGUGAGCUUGGCUACAUAUACAUGGAUAUGUUGCCUCAUCUCAGGUGGCUGCUGAUGCACACAGCCCUUCUUUACUGCAGUGACUGAAGCACUAGUCUGGGACUUCCAAAGUCUCAACGCUUCAACCCUUUUCUCUAUACAUGCCCAGAGCAAUGGAGAGAAUGUACAUCUUACCAUUUAACCCCCAUUCUCUUUCUGUAUGAAGGGUGAGAGAUCCUCACAUUUUAAGACUCUCAUGCUAAAAACAUCCACAGUGAGAAAGAAGUGCCUGGAUGUUGCAUAAAACUCUAAACCGCCUUUGAUAAAUGGAUGGUCUGUAUUCAAUAGGAAAUGAAGUGAUCCCUAACGCAGACAGAUUUCAGCCCACUUGCAGCAGCAGCAGAGCCUGUGUUUCACUGCUGCGCGAUGAGAAGAAAAGUUCAGCAGUACAAUGGGAAAUACUUUACUGAGCCAACUUUGUUCAGAAGUAAUUAAAAACGAGGUCUUUCUAUUCUCUGUGCAGCCUGAUGUCCUCACUUGUCAUGUGGUUCGAUGCAUUCUUUCCAGUUCCUUUCAUGGCACAAAACAAGUUGGGAUGUCGUUAUUGCAUGCCCCUCUCUUCAAGGGUUCAAUGGGGAAAGAUGCUGAACAGCUCCAGAGGCUGCAGUGAGCAAACCCAGCCCAAUUUCUGUGGCAGCUGAGAGGGUGCAGAGUCUGGCAGCGACCACCCUAGGUGCUAUAUGAGCUUCCCAGAGUGAUUUUUGCCCCCUCUGUUCAUCCUUUUCUAUCCCCACUUAGGGGAGAGAUGCAAAAAGAAAACACUAUCAGAGGGAUGGAGCCUCUACCAGGUCCAUUAGGCUUGAGAACGUGGUCAGUUUGGAGGGGAUUUUCUUUUGUUGAACGAUAUUAGUCACAGCGUGGUGUGUGGCACAGAGCAGUGAGGCAACAUUGUGAUCUGCUAACAAUAAAAACGAGGUGGCUAACUGCCACUCAGCACUGAAAACUAUACAGUCAUGAGGGUUUUCCUUCAGACAGCUAUGUCCAUGCAUUUCCUGGAACGUGGACAAGGCCACACAGCUUCAAUCCACCAAAGACAACAGUGAGUAAACAAGGCAUGUUGCUGUGUAGUCUUCUCUAAGUGACAAGAGUCAGAGAUUAUUUGUUUCCAUGGAGAGAACAAGGGGAAAAAAAAUAACAUCAGGGUGGGAAGACAGCAAAGCCUGCUCCUGUGUGACACAGCCGGGUCCCCAUCCAGCCCUCCAGCACCCAUUCACAUCAACCCCUCAUUCCCUCACAGGAAGCAGUCUUUAAGGACAGAUGAUUUAGCUCAUUAUCUAUGAUCAGAGACCAGUAAAAUAAAAGGGGUGGUUAAAUAA